GCGACAUAACCUCACUUCUUUUCCUAUUACUUUUAAAUGUAACGCACUUGAAAUCAAACUUCUCUUUGACGAAAAUGGUUAAUAUUACCAAGGAGCAAAUAUUAGCAAUAGGUGCCGUGUUAAAGGAUGAUAAUCGUCCACUUAAAGAACGUUUCCGCGCUUUGUUUACACUAAGAAAUAUCGGCGGACCCAUAGCCAUUCAUUGCAUAUCGGAUUGCUUUAGGGAUACUUCGGCGUUAUUAAAGCACGAGUUAGCCUACUGUCUAGGCCAAAUGCAAGAUGAGGAAGCAAUUGCAGCAUUGGUAAAAGUUUUACAAGAUACAAAUCAAGAACCGAUGGUCCGCCACGAAGCAGGUGAAGCGUUAGGGGCAAUUGGCAAGCAGGAAGUCGUUUCCAUUCUGGAAACUUUUGCCAAGGAUCCUGUCGUAGAAGUUUCGGAAACUUGUCAACUUGCAUUAGAACGAAUAAAGUGGCUGUGCAGUGCCAAUCAGGAACAACUUUCACAAAAUCCUUAUGCUUCGGUAGAUCCGGCACCCCCUGCGUCCGUAUCGAACGUUGCUGAAUUACAAGCGACACUAUUAAAUGACAAGGAAACCCUCUUUAAUCGUUAUAGAGCUAUGUUUGCGUUGAGAAAUAUGCACACUAAAGAAUCCGUGCUUGCGCUCAGCACCGGUUUGAAAUCGGGUAGUGCUUUAUUUCGUCACGAAAUUGCCUUCGUGCUAGGCCAGCUGCAAGAUGAGGUGAGCGUGCCUUUCUUGAUUGAGUCAUUGGAAGAUUGCGACGAAAAUGAAAUGGUCAGGCACGAGUGUGCCGAGGCACUUGGUUCAAUCGCAAGUGAUGAUUGUUUCAGCGUAUUAACCAAGUACUUGCAUGAUAACAAGCGAGUGGUUAAGGAGAGUUGCGAAAUUGCGUUGGACAUGUGCGAAUACGAGAAUAGUCCCGAAUUUCAAUAUGCAAAUACUUUACAAGCCAUGUCGUGAUUUCAAUUGUAUUACUGUACAUAACUAUGUAUACACAAAAUUAUUUAUAUUAAACUUGGAUGCAUUUAUUAUAUAA